ACAAGCAUUUUCGUCCGUCUGCGGCUGGCGCGGGGUGUAUUGUGUAGAGCUGCUCUUUUUCAUUUUUUGACUUUUCAUUAGCAUAUAUUGAUUUUGCGUGGUUGGUGUGUGGAUCAGUGGUGCGCGAAUCGAGUGGUGGUGUGGCAGUGAAUUUUUAAGAGAAAGUUUUACCUUUAAAACCUCUGAGCGCUGACGGGAGGACACGCACAGACAGCUGCAGAAUGGCGAAGACGCAGGAAAACGGCCACACCUCGCACAACGGGGUGGCCAAUGGCCACGCCACCGUUCGGUCCCGAUUCUCGGAACACCGUCAACAUCAACCACCGCUGGAGGCGAACGGGAAGAUCUCGAACGGUUUCAGCAAAUAUCAGCAAAGUGAAGAAACAGCAAACUAUGGCAAAGAACCGCCGAAGUCAUCGUACGAGCAGGUGCCACUUCACACGGCCUGCUUCACCUAUCUGGGCUUCUACUUGCUGAUGAUACUCGGUUACAUAAAUCAGUUGUUCUUCACUCCGAAGGUUGCCACCGAAAAGCACCGCGAUGGUUACGUUCCGCUGUACGAUGCAUUUGAGAAGUUCUACCUACGGUACGUGUACCGGCGGGUGAAGGAUUGCUGGAACCGGCCCAUCUGUAGCGUUCCGGGCGCCGAAGUGACGCUGAAGGAUCGCAUCACGAAAGACUACGGCUGGUCGUUCGAGUUCACCGGUACCGAAACGAGAUGCCUCAACCUGGGAUCGUACAACUAUCUCGGCUUCGCCCAGAACGAAGGCCCCUGCGCUGACGAUGCGGAACAAUCGAUUAAAACCUACGGCCUGGCGGCUUGCAGUUCACGGCGUGAAAUCGGUACCAACCCGCUGCACGUCGAGCUGGAACAGCUGACCGCGCGUUUCCUCGGCGUCGAGGAUGCCAUCGUGUUCGGCAUGGGCUUCGCCACCAAUUCGCUCAACAUUCCCACACUGAUCUCACCCGGCUGCCUGGUGGUCAGCGACGAGAAGAACCACGCUUCGAUCAUCCUCGGCCUGCGGCUGUCCGGUGCCGUCACCAAAGUGUUCAACCACAACAGUAUGAAGGACCUGGAGCGCGUGCUGGUCGAAUCGAUCACUCGCGGCCAGCCGGGUACCGGUAAACCCUGGAAGAAAAUCCUGAUCAUCGUCGAGGGCGUCUUCAGUAUGGAAGGAUCGAUCGUCAAGCUGCCGGAAAUCGUGGCACUGAAAAAGAAGUACAAAGCCUACAUCUAUCUGGAUGAGGCUCACAGCAUUGGAGCUACGGGUCCGACGGGACGUGGCGUGCUUGAUUUCUACGGGGUCGAUCCUAAUGAUAUAGACAUUCUGAUGGGAACUUUCACAAAAAGUUUCGGAUCAGCCGGAGGUUACAUCGCAGGCAAUAAGAAACUGAUAAACUUUUUAAGAGUAAACAGCCACGCUCACUGCUAUGCCAGUUCGAUGUCUCCACCGGUAACGCAGCAAAUUCUCACUUCAAUGAAAAUAAUCAUGGGCCUGGAUGGAACAUACGAGGGCAGCAAGCGAAUUGAUCAGUUGGCCCGCAACACUAGAUAUUUCCGGAAACGAUUGGCCCAGAUCGGUGUCAUCACCUACGGGCACGAAGAUUCGCCAGUCGUUCCGAUGUUGGUUUAUCUGUUCUCCAAAAUUGGGGCCGUCGUUCGGACGCUGACCGCGCGCAACAUCGCCGUCGUCGGAGUCGGCUUCCCGGCCACACCGAUCAUGGAGGGCCGCAUCCGGUUCUGCCUGUCGGCCUCGCAUACCAAAGAGCAGCUGGACUACGCGCUAACCGUAAUCGACGAGAUUAGCGACACGCUUGGGCUCAAGUAUUCGCGCAAACCGCGCGAUCUGAGACCAAUAGAAUAUUGAAAAUUUGCUUUAAAAAAUCAACCAUAUAGGCUUUACAGAUUUACUAUAUAAUAGUGCAUGCAAGCAGCGAAAAGGCCGCGAAGGAAAACCUAAGCGAAAACACAAUACCACGCAUCCCUAACACUUACCGAAAAUAGGAUAGAGAGCAAAAGUAUGCCUUAUUACAGAAUAGUUGAAAUCGAACAAAAUGCACACAUACACAAACACAAGCAAGCGCACGUGUCUAUGGUAGCGACGACUAUGUUGCCGCAUUUAUUCGCGAUAGAAAGAGAGCGCGAGAGAUAGGAGAGAAAAAGAGAGAACGAGCGAGCAAAUGGGCGAGCGAGCGAACGAGUACGCGAGGAAGAAAUUAUGCUUCCAAUUUGUAUUAUUAUUUAUGAAGUUUUUAAGUAUUGAGGAACGGUUUUGUUACAAAGUUAUUUUUCCGUUACAUUCGAUAACACUUAUUGUAAGAUAAAACAGUGCAUAGUAGAAAUCAUGGAACAUUAAUAAAAUGCUAUCUGCUUUAC